UUACUAUUACUAUUAUUUCCUUUUUUGUUUACGUGCGACUGGAGUUCUCGUUCCGUUAAAUUUUCAUCGUUUACAAUCCAAUAUAAUACUAUACGAUCAGUGUGCUACGCACUGUAUACUCGUGUAUCAUACUCUACAUAUUCAGAUUCGAGUUGUGUAUUGGUCGCCCUAUCCGAUCCUGUUCGAUUCUACCGAGUGGAGCGAGUCAUCGAGAAACCACUGGAAUUCAAAAUAUGGAUAAUACAUAUAAAGAAUAUAAUGAAGAAAUAUCUUCUACCAGUACUGAGAAGGAACCCAUGGUAAUUAAUCGUGAAGAACCAAAUACAUUUUCAAAUUCUUCAGCCAACGAUUCCAGAUCAAGGAUCCGGGUGAUUGAUGCUAGGAAAAUGAUGGAUCCAGAUGAUUACAAAUGGUUUAUCAAAAAUUUUACGAGUGGACUUAAUAGCAGUUUAAAUGUCAAAAAUCAUUGCCACAGGGAAAACUGCAACAACUUUGGAGCAACAAUUUGUAAUAAAUGUAAAAUGGCGAGAUACUGUUCAGAAAUUUGCCGAAAACGUCACUGGUGGUCAAAACAUAGUUUUGAAUGUCAUAUGCUGCAAAAAAAAAAUUAAAUAACAAAAAUUGUAUGCCUUUAUAUUUUACUAUUUCUUAAGUUUGUAUGAUUAAUAUU